GGCCUUCACUCCUUCUUCAGUCGUCGUCUAGACUCGUGCUAGUGAAUACACGCGACGCUUUCCAGCGAGCUGUCCGAGUCCAGACCCACUUCCAGACUCGCAUUGCCGAACAGCUUCUUCGUCUCCUCCUCCUCUUCUUCUACUUCUUCUUCUUCAUCUUUUCCUUCUUGCCGGCCAAAGAGACGUCUUGAUCUGGAAACUCUUUCACAAAGAAUAAACUGCAGGAAGUGUCUGCUUUCUUCUACAAACUUUCCUAGAGCCCUGAAUUCCUGCCCUAGGGAGCAUCAAGAAAUAUAAGCACCGCUAUUUGCUUCACCAGAAACAUGCGGCUACGGCUGGAAACCUUGCUUGUCGUCUUGGCUGCGUUCUUGGUCUGUGUCCAUGGCCAUGGAAGACUCAUGGACCCUCCAGCCAGAAAUGCAAUGUGGAGAUUCGGAUAUCCUAACCCGGUUAAUUACAACGAUAAUGAACUUUACUGCGGUGGAUUCGUAGUUCACUACCAAAAGAAUGGAGGGAAAUGUGGAGUUUGUGGGGACAACUAUAAAGAUCAAGUGCCUCGCGACCACGAGGCUGGAGGACUUUAUGCCAACGGCAUUAUUUCAAGGAGAUAUGUUGUUGGACAGGUUAUUGACAUCGAAGCCGAACUGACGACAAACCACUGGGGUACAAUGGUAGUGAAGCUCUGCCCACAUAACAACCCAAAGGAGAUCAUCACGCAAGCUUGUUUGGAUCAGUACCCUUUGAAAAUUGAGGGAACAAAUGAUAUUCACUUCGUAAUCCCACAGAAGAGCAAAAAGUAUGAGAUUUUCAGGUGGAAAGUUAAGCUCCCUGAAGGUAUCAGCUGCAGCAACUGUGUCAUCCAAUGGAUAUAUUAUGCUGGUAACACAUGGGGCACUGACGACUCAGGCAACACAGGUGUGGGUUAUGGUCCCCAAGAGACUUUCAUCAACUGUGCUGAUGUUGUCAUCAAUACCCAGACUGGAGGUCCCAUCGGGUACCCACCAUCUGGGAACGAGAUUGAUAACCCCUGGGCACUAUACUACAGGGGUAGCUUUCCUGGAGUUCCCAAGCAAGAGCCCAAUCCAUCUGGAAGACCAGGUGGCCUUAAACCACUUGUUAUCAGGAGUCAACUGUGCAUUCCAGUCGAUGAUUUCAGAAACGUAACUGGGAUGCAGGACUGGUGCAUGGAGAACUGCCUGAAAUACCCUCCUAACUGCCACCCAGAAAUCUGCAGAUGCGUAACGGAAUGUGAGGCCAUCGGCGACUUCGCCAAGGAGGAGAUGGCUGACAUUUUCUGUCACCAGAACUGCCUCAAGUAUCCUUCUCACUGCCCUCCCGAAAAAUGUCGCUGCUUUUAAAACCGAUUCCCAUCAUCAGAGUCGAGGUCUUGAAGAGGGUCAUUCCAAAGAGCCGUACGAAGGUGUCGUUUAUUUAUAUAAUUUUCUGACUAGACCAUAUAGAAAUGGGCGUACUAAUACAGUAGGGGUGAGAUUGUUUGAGAAAUUGACAAAGGUAAUGAGAAAUUGACCGCCUGUAGUUUAUUCUACGAGCAUCCCAGAAGGGCUGGUGCUAAACAUGGCAAAAGUUCGGAGGUGAAGGUAAAAUAUAAACAAAAGUCGGUAAAAUUUCCGUUAUCUCUGUCAAUUUCUCAUAUGAUCGUACCUAAACUGCAUGACACACACCAUUUCCUAUAUUCUUCAACAAAGGAAUUGUAUUAAUUGUUGGUAUCUCCCUGCAGCCGCCUCCUUUGCAUGUACCGCAAUUUUAUUUAAGAUUCAAAGUACGAUCCGUGGACGGAAAUCAGGAUUGGAAUCAGUCUUUAGAAUCAGAUAUUCGAAAGCCCUGGCCACUUGGUAUCGCUGAACAGGGCGCCCCCGAGGUCAGCAGACCAGACUCUGGUUAGAAUCGGUCCUUGGAAUUGACGUCUUUAAUUCUUCUAAGUAUAUUUAUUAUAAAAGAUUUCAGUGAAUUCCUAGAAUUAAGUCUCGUUAUUCCAAACAGGAGAUAUGGAUUUUAAUGUUUUCCUUAGAGCUUUUAAGGGCUGCAAAUGUGAUACAUUCAUAGAAUGACUCCAUAAGCAUUUGAUUAGGACUUCUGAUUAUUGAUCUGCACAUGGCGUAUUAGUUAAUACUAAAUUGUCCUUAGAUGAGUGUGUGUCCUGAUAUUGAGGUUAAAUCUUGGUUUGACAUUCUUCUCUUUUAUGUAUAUAAAUAUUGGAGAGUCUUUUUCGGUUUCAUAAAUGACGAAUCUGGUUGUGGAAAAAAGUAAAUAGCUUUUUUAAACAUUAUAUAUAUAUAUAUAUUUAUAU